GCCGACAGCCUCCUUCAACCCGCGUUGCCCAUUCAUCCUUGGUUUCUUUGAUCGCGGAAAUCAUUGACCUCUGAGUCUUUUCUCGUUACUGGGUGUCGCCUCUUUUCUUGGACAUCUGUGACUCUUCUUGGAACUCGGCCGAAAUGUCGCGGACGCUAGCCCAAAGGGAAUACCACAUUGUCGUUCUCGGCUCAGGAGGUGUUGGAAAGAGUUGUCUGACAGCGCAAUUUGUGCAAGGUGUCUGGAUAGAGCGAUAUGAUCCAACCAUCGAGGAUUCAUAUCGCAAACAAAUCGAUGUCGAUGGCCGACAAGUAAUUCUCGAGAUCCUCGAUACCGCCGGAACAGAACAAUUCACUGCCAUGCGGGAACUAUACAUGAAAUCCGGCCAAGGCUUCCUCCUCGUCUUCAGCAUAACCUCCACCUCCUCCCUCAAAGAACUCUCCGAACUCCGCGAACAACUCGUAAACCUCAAAGACGACCCCGCCGUCCCAAUCGUUCUAGUCGGAAACAAGUCCGAUCUAGAAGAAGACCGCGCGGUGUCUCGCGCCCAAGCUUUCGCCGUGUCUUCGGGUUGGGGAAAUGUACCUUAUUACGAGACAUCGGCGAGGAGGCGGCAGAAUGUCAACGAGGUGUUUGUGGAUGUGUGUAGGCAGAUCAUACAUAGGGAUUUGCAAAAGGGGGGGAGGGGUGGUGGUGGGGAGAGGAGGAGUAGGAGGGAGGAUGAGGGGGAGGGGGAUAGGAGGAGGGGGAGUAGGCGUAGGCAUACUAGGUGUAUUAUACUGUGAGCCUGUUCCUA